AUAGAAAAAGAUCUUCUUUAACGAGACCUCUCAUUUUAGUUCAUGACUCUUCUGAUCAGAAACCAACGCUCUAAAACUGGUGGAAAGUCAUUGCUACUGCACAGAGAGAGAAAGAGAGAGAGUCGUCGUUAGGGUUUCCAAAACCCCGUCUACGCUAACAGAUCGGACCGGCAUUUUUUUUUUAGUUACAUAAAAAGGUACUGAGAUGGUUGCGCAGGAUUUUAUUGUGGAUUUGAAUAAACCGCUUGUCUUCCAGGUUGGCCAUCUAGGAGAAGCUUAUCAAGAGUGGGUUCACCAGCCCAUUGUCAGCAAGGAAGGCCCUCGAUUUUUUGAAAGUGAUUUUUGGGAGUUUUUGACCCGUACAGUAUGGUGGGCAGUUCCACUCAUUUGGCUGCCAGUUGUAUGCUGGUGCAUCUCUAUGUCUAUAAGAAUGGGACAUUCACUUCCCCAGAUAUCACUGAUGGUGGUCUCUGGCAUUUUUAUAUGGACAUUGCUGGAAUACACCUUGCACCGCUUCCUUUUCCACAUUGAGACAAAGUCCUAUUGGGGAAACACCAUACACUAUCUUCUUCAUGGUUGCCAUCACAAGCACCCCAUGGAUGGAUUACGCCUUGUUUUCCCUCCUACUGCAACAGCUGUUCUGUGUCUGCCAUUCUGGAACUUGGUUCAACUCAUGUCUACUCCUUCUAUUACUCCUGCUUUGUUUGGAGGUGGUUUACUGGGUUAUGUGAUUUAUGAUGUCACACAUUACUACUUGCACCAUGGACAGCCAUCUAGCGAAGUACCUCGAAAUCUCAAGAAAUAUCACUUAAAUCAUCAUUUCCGGAUCCAGAAUCAGGGCUUCGGUAUCACUUCCUCGCUAUGGGACAAGGUGUUUGGAACACUUCCUCAAUCAAAAGCAGCCAAGAAAAGUAGAUAAUUUAAUUGGAAGUGUAGCAUCUGUUAAAAUGUUAAUUUCAAUGGUUUGAAAAUAUUUUUCAUUCACAAUCUAGCAUUUUAUUUUAUGGUACAUCUUCUGAGAAGUGUUUCCAAAUUUAUCGAAUUAGGAUGGUGUCAAUUAUUGUGGUGUCCUUUCCUGCAAUGAACAAUGAAGAGUCUGUAUAAAAGGAAUUACUAAAUUUGGUCUGAUUAGUUGUUUAUAGAAGAAAAUGUCUCAUUUUUGUGUC